CCUGUUGAAUGGUACAUUCCAAGUGCUAGACGCCGUGCAAACGUAAAGGACGUUAUACUUUCGUUUUUUUCCGUCCACAAAUGCAAACUUUAGGUGUAUAAACAAACAAAUAACGCUGUUUAAAGCAGACUCAGAGUACAUAAACACUGUGAGCAGUAUUACUAAUUUAGGUUAUGGCGUUUCAGAUAUCCAAACUCGUAGCUCGUGUUUCAGUGUCCGUGUUGUCUCGGGUUUUGGAAAAGCAGAAGCUCUCGCGCGGUGUGAACUUCAGUCUGUUUCACACCGCUCUGAAUUCCCCGCCGAGCGCGCGCCUAGGUAUAAAUAUAGCCGCGCGAUCGGAGAAGUUUUCCACCUCGUCUGCAACCUCGAGGUGGUUCCGCGAGGGAAAAGGUUUUAGUGUGUCCAGAGGCGUGUUGAGUCGGAAGGGGUCGGUCGUGGUGCUGUUCGGAACUGUCGGUGUGUCCGCUGUCGUGCUGAGCUCGAGCGCAGUUUGUGCCAUGGCCGCGCGCUCACCUCUCAACUUAGACUCGGACAAAAGUGACUGGAAAGAUGUGAAAAAGGAACUUCUGUCCAUGAGCCUGAAGGAGAGGAGAGAGAUGUACAGGACGGACUACAUCUCCCUGGACCAGGUUCCUGUCUGGAAGCACUCAGGUACUGUGUCUGCUAAGCCUCUUUACAAGGCCAACGAUGAUCUGAGUCAGAAGAUCUCUCUGUUCCGAGGUGACAUCACCAAACUGGAGAUAGAUGCAGUUGCCAAUGCAGCCAACAAGACCCUGCUGGGUGGAGGAGGGGUGGACGGAGCCAUCCAUCGUGGGGCAGGUCCUCUCCUUAGGAAGGAAUGUGCCACUCUGGGAGGGUGUGAAACUGGAGAGGCCAAGAUAACUGGAGCAUAUGGCCUGCCAGCCAGAUACAUUAUUCACACCGUGGGACCAAUAGCUCACGGCUCUGUGGGAGAGACGGAGAGACGAGCGCUCCGAGACUGUUAUUAUAACUGUCUGCGCACUGCGACUGAGAACCAGCUGCGGACAGUGGCUUUUCCCUGCAUCUCCACUGGAGUAUACGGAUACCCACCUGAGCAGGCAGUGGACGUGGCUCUGAAGACAGUAAGAGAAUACCUGGAGGACAACCCUGCGCAGAUGGACCGGGUCAUCUUCUGCGUUUUCCUCAAGUCUGAUGAGGAUCUGUACAAGGGCAGACUUCCUGCCUACUUUCCAAAAGCCUGCUGACCAAUCAGAGAGCUCGGUGUGAGGACAGAUGCCUUUCCUAAAAGUAAAUUAUGAGUGGAUGUAAGUGCGUUGGAUGCCGCACUCAUCGCCUGCUCCUGCUUCCUCAGUGUCUGCCCCGCCAGCAACACCUACUGAUUAUUUUUGAAUCUAGUGAUUUUUAUUUUGAUGGCUUGCCUCGUAUAAUUUCUUAUCACUCAAUCUAGUUUUCACAGAACUGCUGUGCUGAUCAAAGGACUGCUUUAUGGUGUUGCACUAAAGAGGACUGCCAUCUCACACACACACACACACACACACAUACACACAACACAUCAAGAAAACAAAAUAACAAGUGUUUCAUUAUUUCUCUGAAGUCAAUACUGUUGCAGUUAGGAAUCCAAAAAGCUUCUGUCGAUACACAUCUCAUUUUUGAUUAAUAGGAUUUUACUAGAAUGUUGUGGAUCAGAGGUAAUCAGUCUUAUCCACAAUCCCUUCAGGUUUUCGUUGAAAUCAUGCAGGAGUUGCACCUGAUCCGACUAAUUAUUUGAAGCCAGAUGCCAAAUUAUUGUGUAAUUGGAAUGACUUAUGUUAUUGCUUAUUUGGAAUAUAAGCCUACAGUCACGCCAGCCAUGUCCUGAUAAGAUUCCAAAUCUUGCACAGGUCUGGAAAAGUAAUCAUUUAAAGGCACUCAUUUUCAGACAUGGAUAAGAAUGCACAUUUAUAAAAUAUUGUAGAAACAGUAUGGAUAUACUAUAAAGAGGAACUGCAUGUUGAAUGAAACUUGUGAAGUUGUGUUUGCUGUUCAAAUAAUUACAGUUGCGAGAACUUGUCACUAAGCAACUAGAAAAUAUGAAGCCAAAAAUUGACACAGUUUAACUAGUUAAUGCAUAAACAUGAUGUAUUUUAUUUGGACAAUUUAAAGGCACAGUGAUGGUAGAAAUGAGACAAAAGAAUAUCAACAUUUUCUCUCAGAUAUGUUGGUAAGUUACUAAGAAAAAACUACAGUGUGUCCCAAAGUCUCCAUACAUAGGGGAAAUUAACACUUUUUAGCAAAAUGUCUUCCAAAAUCUUUCAUAUUUAGUUUAUUAUAUUAUUAUAUUUUUUAUAUAUAUAUAUACACACACACACACACACACAUAUAUAUGUUUGUAUGUGUGUGUAUAUAUAUAUAUAUAUAUAUAGACAGAUUGAUAGAUAGAUACGUGCGCACACACACAUAUAUACAUAUAUAUGUGUGUGUGUGUGUGUGUAUAUAUAUAUAUAUAUAUAUAUAUAUAUAUAUAUAUAUAUAUAUAUAUAUAUAUAUAAUACGCACACACAUUUUUAUUUAUUUAUUUUUCACUUGUAUAUUUAUUUAUUAAAUCAUUCUCAUGACUGGAUCGGGAAGCUGUUGCAAGGUUGCGAUGGACUUUAACAGGAAACAUGGCAAACACAUCACACAUGACACUGCUACCAAACUUAUUAACAAUUUUUUUUAAAAACUGGAAGUGUUGCGGACCAUCUAAAAACAUCCACUGACGAAAGCACAACCAACGUGGUGCUGGCAUACACAGUCCCCUAUGUAUGGAAACUUUUGGGACACCCUGUAUAUAUCUAAAAUUACACUAUAAUUAUACUUAUAAUUUAUCAUGGUUUCCACCAUAUUGAGAAACCUUAACAUUGCAUCACAGUGUGAAAUUUUGACUUCUGAAGCAGUAAAUGCAAGAGUGGGCCAUUUAUAUGGGAUUGCCUUGAACCAUAUUUGAAUGCAGCAUCAGAUCCUAACCACUAAGCUUCUAAAAUCAAUUGUAUUUAGGCAUUCCUAAUGUAUAUUACAUUUCCUGAUUUACUUUUAAUGAAGUUGAAAAAAAAUUGCAAGAUUUUUUUCUCCAUGCAAAGGUAAUAAGUCUGAGAUUGCUUAUCUCUGUUCAAAAGAAAGUAAAAUGUUUGGGUAAAAGGUAUGAUUCGCACACUAUUUUACGCUACUAUGAUGGAAUUUUAUAUAAAAGUAUGUUACUCCACUGAAAAUGAGUUUAUAAAAGAAAUCAGGCAUAUUGCAACCUAUUCACAGACGUUCUUGCGGGCCAGUGCUCAUAACACUUAACCUACAAUGAAAAUGCACUCUUUCUUCCUUUGCUGUGUAGUUUAUGUAGGUCACUAUGAUGAAGGAUUCUCAUUAAAACCCAUUCCUCCCACUGAA